AUGGCCCCCGGGGCUGGCACCAAUAUGGCCCCCGGGGGUUGGCACCAAUAUGGCCCCGGGGGCUGGCACCAAUAUGGCCCCGGGGGUUGGUACCAAUAUGGUCCGGGGCUGGCACCAAUAUGGCCCCGGGGGCUGGCACCAAUAUGGUCCGGGGGCUGGCACCAAUAUGGCCCGGGUGCUGGCACCAAUAUGGCCCCGGGGGCUGGCACCAAUAUGGGCCCCGGGGGUUGGCACCAAUAUGCCCCGGGGGCUGGCACCAAUAUGGCCCCCGGGGGUUGGCACCAAUAUGGCCCCCGGGGGCUGGCACCAAUAUGGCCCCCGGGGGCUGGCACCAAUAUGGCCCCGGGGGUUGGCACCAAUAUGGCCCCGGGGGCUGGCACCAAUAUGGCCCCGGGGUUGGCACCAAUAUGGCCCCCGGGGCUGGCACCAAUAUGGCCCCCGGGCUGGCACCAAUAUGGCCCCGGGGUUGGCACCAAUAUGGCCCCCGGGGCUGGCACCAAUAUGGCCCCCGGGGCUGGCACCAAUAUGGCCCCCGGGGCUGGCACCAAUAUGGCCGAGUCUGUCUCCCGCAACCCAGACAUCACCGGCCACAUAAAAACUGUUCUUCCAGACAUUCUCGUUGCCGAGUCCCCUGACGGCAUCCUCCUGGGGGCCCCCAUUGGCCCGCAAGCAAUCGACAUGGCCCUGGAGGCAAAAAUCACUGAUCCAAGGAAAAAUGCUGGACAUGACUGA